AGUUAGCAUUAUUGAUUUAUUUCAACCCUCCAUGUGCCCCACAUUCACUUCUUCCUCAUAAAUCCCCCCUUCUCAAACCCCUCCACCGCACCACCACCACCAUGUCUAUCCCUGCAACCGUCGUAACACCACCAUUAGUCAACGAACUCGACAUCGUCAUCCCCACCAUCCGCAACCUCGAUUUCCUCGAGCAGUGGCGACCCUUCUUCCAGCCCUACCAUCUCAUCAUCGUUCAAGAUGGAGAUCCCACCAAAACCAUCCGGGUACCCGAUGGAUUCGAUUACGAACUCUACAACCGUAAUGAUAUUAAUCGGAUCCUUGGCCCCAAAUCCAGCUGUAUCUCGUUCAAAGAUUCUGCUUGUCGGUGCUUCGGCUUUCUUGUUUCCAAGAAGAAGUAUAUCUUCACCAUUGAUGACGACUGUUUCGUUGCUAAGGAUCCAAGUGGACAAGAGAUCAAUGCAUUGGCACAACACAUUCACAACCUGUUAACACCAGCAACGCCCUUUUUUUUCAACACAUUGUACGACCCGUAUAGGGAAGGUGCCGAUUUCGUUAGGGGGUAUCCCUUCAGUUUAAGGGAAGGUGUCACCACAGCCAUUUCUCAUGGCCUUUGGCUUAAUAUCCCGGAUUAUGAUGCCCCGACUCAACUCGUCAAGCCUCGUGAGCGCAACACCAGGUAUGUGGAUGCUGUUUUGACCAUCCCAAAAGAGACCCUUUUCCCUAUGUGUGGGAUGAACCUUGGUUUUCAUAGGGAACUCAUCGGGCCCGCCAUGUAUUUUGGGCUCAUGGGAGACGGUCAACCCAUUGGUCGGUAUGACGACAUGUGGGCUGGUUGGUGUGCUAAGGUGAUAUGUGACCAUUUGGGGCUAGGAGUGAAAACAGGGUUGCCAUACAUUUGGCAUAGCAAAGCAAGCAACCCAUUUGUCAACUUAAAGAAGGAAUACAAAGGCAUCUACUGGCAAGAAGACAUCAUUCCAUUUUUCCAAAACGUCACGCUCCCGAAAGAAUGCACAACCCCACAACAAUGCUACAUCGAGCUCUCGAAGCUCGUGAAGGAAAAACUUGGCCCGAUUGAUCCUUACUUUGAGAAGCUUGGCGAUGCCAUGGUUACCUGGAUUGAUGCUUGGGAUGAGCUUAACCCGUCAACCGAUGGUGCAACCACAGCCAAAGUCGAGCCUUCUAAAUCCAAGUAGAUGUUUACUCGAGUAACGUCAACUUGCAUUAGCUCACUGUUUUUACUUUCCUUUACUGUUGAAAUAAUGCGUUUGUCACCGGCUUUAUAUAGACUAUUUAAGCGAGUUUGUUCGAGAUACAUAACUUAUACUUCUAUCUAUGAAUGUAUGAUCAUAUUGUCAUUUUUGGUUG